CCGCGUGACCGACACGGAACCGCCAGCUGCGCGUUUGACGAAGUGCCGGGAUGCGCACAUUCACAUGCCAGCGCCUUCCAGCAUCCCUCCCGAACUCCUCCUCUCCUCCCAUUCCUCUCUGUCCUCCCAUAGUGCUAUCAGAGCUGCGCAGCUGCCUUCCUUUAGGGCAUGGGCGGGGAUGCAGGCAGGAGUGGCCUCUCCACUCGCCCUGCCUACACACGCACUGCACAGCCUCUCCUCCUUCCUACCUGUUUGGGCCUGA